CUGUGCCAGAUUCGGUCGUUGGUUCGCCGCGCCAGCAUCCUGACGUGCUCUCCGUACUCUGUGCUCGUUAUCUGUUUAUUUGUUUACAACCUGCGGGAUGUCACAUGAUGGCUGUUAAAGUGAAGUGGAAAAGUGCCAUUCUAGUUUUAACGUUUUUAUUUAUUGGUGCCCGUGGACAUGGAAGAUUUGUGAAGCGGCAGUGUGGACACAUUCCACCGAAAGAUCAUGAGGUCAUACGCGGAGUGCAUUUGGAGCCGCCUCACAUCAUGAAAAAGCGGAGCGUAGACCAACCUUUGAGGAUACUCUUGUACUACGAUGAAAGCGUUUAUAGGCUGGACGAGGGAAAAUUUCAACUCAUUAACAAUUCAGUUUUACCCGAAGCAGUCCACUAUUGGGAGCAAGCUCUUAUGGUCAGAAAAACACACAAUGUCAUCAGGCUAAAUAGGAAAUGCGAGCAGAACCAAGUGUUUUACAGGAAAGGAGACCCGCAUUCCUACUGCAAGAACGCCUGCGAAGAGAAAACUAUGUGCGGAGAAGUGCAAGUCCCCGAAGAACAUCUCGAAGUUUGUCGAACGUGCAAUGCGUCGGGGAUGGAGUGCGGAGCGGUGGAGGACAAACCCGGUGAGGGCAUCAAAGGAGCCGACUUCGUCUUCUACGUAAGCGCCAUGGAAACGGAGAGAUGCCAUAAAGGUCUAACGGUUGCCUACGCAGCGCACUGUCAACAGGAAUCGGCCCUCGACAGGCCCAUAGCAGGACAUGCUAAUCUGUGUCCAAACAGUAUCAGCACGAAACCUCAGGAGUUAGAAAUUUUGCUGUCUACUGUCAAGCAUGAAAUUCUCCAUGCCUUGGGAUUCUCCGUCAGUCUUUUUGCCUUUUACAGAGAUCAAGAUGGCAAUCCCCUAACUCCGCGGGAGGACAAUGGCAAACCGCUCCUGAAUGAAAAGCUUCAGGCUCGGCAGUGGAGUACGAAAGUCAUCAACUCUGUUGUACGUAAAAAUUGGGCUAUCCAUAACUCCACAGUCGAUCGAACUGUCAAAGUUCUGGUCACACCAAAAGUUGUUGAGGAAGUUCGCAAACAUUUCAAUUGUCCAACACUAGAAGGUGCUGAGUUGGAGGAUCAAGGUGAAGAAGGAACAGCUUUGACACACUGGGAAAAACGUGUGUUUGAGAAUGAAGCAAUGACUGGAACUCACACUCAGAAUCCAACAUACUCAAGAGUCACCUUAGCAUUAAUGGAGGAUACCGGCUGGUACAAAGCAAAUUAUUCCAUGGCCCAGCCAUUAGCUUGGGGCAAAAACUUAGGCUGUGAUUUUGUCAUGAAGAGCUGCAAACACUGGAUUGACUCAAAGCGAGCUCAGAAUAAAUCAAUCCACCCGUUUUGUGAGAAAGUGAAGCGGGAUCCUCUUGAAACUGAAUGCACAGAUGAUCGCAACUCCCUAGCCCUCUGCAACUUAGUUGAACAUGCUGAGCCUUUACCACCAUUUUAUCAGAAUUUUGACUACAUUCCACACAUCGAAAAAGGGCGUGAGGCUUACUAUGGAGGUUCUGUGAGCUUAGCUGAUUAUUGUCCGUACAUUCAAGAGUUCACAUGGCGAUCUAAAAAUGUUGUGAUAAGGGGAUCCCACUGUCAGUUUCCAGAAAAUAAUCCUCAUGCUGACAAGAACUUUGCUCUAGAAUCUUACGGACCUGAAUCAAAGUGUUUUGACCACACAAAUCAAAUGUGGGAGGAGUGGUCGUGUAAAGAGAAAAGACUUUGGCAGCAUUGGGGCUCUGGCUGCUACGAGUUUCUUUGUCACAGUGGCAGGCUACAUAUCAUGGUUGCUAAUUAUACGUAUACCUGCUAUUUUCCUGGACAAGAAAUAAAAAUUCAUAUCCUUUGGAAUGGAUGGCUCCACAAAGGAUCCAUUGUCUGCCCACCAUGUGAACAACUUUGCCAAGAACAAUUGCUAGAGAAGGAGGAAUAUUGCAAACCACCAAGCGCACUACCUCCUGGAGUGAAAUAUCGCUCGGACGUUCAAACAUGUCGCGGCACAAAUGUGCGUGGCGUGCUCUCACAUCCAGUUACCAUGACGACUUUUUUUUUAUUAUUCUGGUUUGCGUUGUCAUCAUCCUAGCAGGACUCUAUAGAUGUUUUAUCCAGUUUGUGAGGCAACGGCCUACCAACCAAGAGUCUACUGCUCCACCAGCCAUCUUGUGAAAUUCUGCUGUUCUUGUUGAAUGAAAGCAGCAACUUGGGUUCGAGACACCCUAUUAGUCUAAUAUAUUGUUUCUAUUUUGUUGUCUGGCUAGUCAACGGUUACUCUAUUUUUAUGAAAGUUUAAAAAACAAAACAAAAAAAAAACCAAAAAAAACCCCUUCUAGAUUCCUCUAGGGACAUUCCAGAUUUCUAAUACUUCCAAAAAAUGGAAAAUACUUUUUCUUUCAGAGUAGUUAAGUUUUUUUUUUCUGUUUUCCAAGUUCCUUCUAAAUUUCUUGUUUUGGGCAAUUUGAAGAAUCUCACACACAUUAUGGAAGUCCGCUUGUGAUAAGCUAGAAGCCAAAGGAACAUACUCAUAUGCAGUUUUAUCCCUGAAUUUAACAUUAGAACGCUACAAGGUACGAAAUUAGGAACGUCAAUAGGUAUGCGUUUCCUUAUUGAAAUUUUAUGUAGAAUAUAAUGGAAGUAUCAAAUCUUUCCGAGUUCAACCGAUAUGUGAGAAAAUAAGGGCAAACAUAAGUUGCUGUGCUUAAUUUUUUAUCCUGUCCAGUGGUCUGUUCCGGACAAAAUUUAACCUUUGCUUCCAGCUCUCCAGAAGAUACUGCGUAUACUCAAGUUUUAGGUACCCUGUUUUGUUUGUACAAACAAUAUACAUAAACUAGGUAUUGUUUGGCAAAAAUAUUGUGAUAAAUAGCUCGCAUAAAAUAAGACAGGGCCAAGCCAAGUAAUCAUUUAAAAAGUCUUCAAUUAAUGUUAUCUUCCAUUUUGUGUUUCUUUACAAUCCAUUCUUUCUUUAAGUUAAAAAUAAUGGGUUUUAGAUCAAGAGUUAUGUGAUAAUUAGCCAUUUUUGAAUUCUCCUUGCAUUUUUUUAAAUUAUGCAUUCUUACAAGUACUUUUUGCUUCUUUACUCCAAUACAAUCAAUAUAGAAGGAAAAAAAACCAUAAAAAUUUCCGUCCUUGUAUGUUUUAAAAAUUAAUCUGUGAUUGAAUUAUAGUAUUAGAUAAGUUUUUUUUUUUGUCUGGUUUUUUUUCCAUCCGUCAAUGUGAUGCUAUUUCUUGACAUCAACUUACCGUAUGUACCCCCCAUUUCUGUCAUUUCUCUCAUUGGCAUUCCUUACUUCUUUGUUUUAUUUUUAUUUUAGAGUCCAAAUCCGAAUGGAAACCAUUGGUUUUUUUUUUUUCUUAAGUAGUUGUUACAGAAAGUUUUUCAAAUUCAUUAUGAAUUGCUAUUUUAAGAAUUUCUGUCAUCAGGAUCAUCUAUGAGAAAAUUUACAAUAUCAUCGCCCCACUACGGCGUCGAAUGAUUAAGGAACUAGCAUCACUGAGAUGGUUUCUAAUUUCUCUUCUUUCCUUUGUCUGAAGAGAUUUAUAUUCCUUCUAGAGAAUAUUACAUGCAUUUUACUGUAUAUUUACUUUGAAAGGACUUGAAAAUUCUCAUUCUCCGUGUUUUUUCAAAGUAAUUUUUUUUUUUGCCUUCCUCAAUUUGAAGCCAAGAAAAGGUAUCACUCUCCCUUUGUUUCAUUGUGUAAUCAGUGAAGUUGAUCUCGGAUCGACAUUUCAAUUACUUCUUCACCUGCUCCUUAAGAUUACAAUUCACAUUAACUCAGAAAAAUGGACCAUUGGAUAAGGUGAGAACAAGUUAAUGCAUUCUGCUAUAUGUUUCCUCUUUAAAAUUUCAAGUAGAACAUAAUUCGCUCCGUAGAAAUUAUUGAAAUUCACUUUUAACCAAAAUAAUACAGUUUUAUUUAGCACUGGCCACAAAAAGUUUAAAUUUCAUGCUUAGAAAAAAAAAAGAAAAAGACAAAAAAGUGUGCUGUGUUCCCUCUCCGCUGUGUGUUGUUUGCAGUGUUAACAGAGCGCGUCAAUGGAAUCAAAGCGCUGAGAUAGAGGUUGCCGUAUUAGGAUACCAUAGAGACAGUUACAGUAACAUUUAGUGUGUGAUUUAAUUUGAGUAAAUAAGAAGUUUUAAACAUUGAUAUGGUGAAGUCAAAGCUAAAUAAAAACGUUGAUAUCUUGGUGAGGAAUUAAUUUCAAUACUUUUUGUUGGAUAAAUUGUAUUUUAUGUAAUAUUUUGAUGAGGCAACAUCACAAUGCAAAAAUUUGCACCUUAUUGAGUGGUCUAUUGGUGUAAUAUUUGUCUUUUAAAGUGUCCCUUUGAUAAUUAUUAGGGCUGUGCAAAUAAAAUUAUAUGCAAACACCGGAAAUGAACUCUAAUUCAAAUGACAGAAGUGAAUGUUUAGUGCCACUGACCAAGAUUCUGAGAUGAUUUUACUGAUGCGAACAGACGUGGUAGCAAUUUUGAACUACUAUUUGUAUCUUUUGCUUCUAUGUAUUGACAUAAUUUGAUAAUAUCUGAAUCAUUUUAAGUAUUUUUCUCGUUUUCAUACUCUGUAUUUUUUUGUGGACUAUUCCCUUUGUGCUCAAAUCUUGUUUGCACAGUCCUAUUAAUUAAAACCCAUUUUUCUCUUGUGAUUGUUUCAUCAACACAUGAAUUCAAAAUUUUUAGGUCCACGUUUGUGAAUUAUGUGAAGACAAAGAAAACGUUUCAUUUUACUGUUGUAUGCUUAGUUACGUUAGAUUAUAUUUUCAUUCUCAAAAAAGAGGGGAGCCGUAAUAUUUGGAAAACACAUUGGUAAAAAAUUGCUCAAAUUUAACUUGUACUAUAUUAUAUUCUUGUGUAAGAUGACUUGAACAAAGUUUAUUUUAAUACUGUUUAGACUAAUUUUAGUGUAAAUAUAUCUUGCGAUCUGACUUUUUGUUGUGUCUCACUAUUUCAAGCUUUUUCAUUUUUAAAAUUAGCUUGAAGGUUUAGGAAAGUCUGAAUAAACCAACGGAUUAUCAACCUAGCCCUCAAUAUAACUCAAGCCUAAAGUUCAACCUAAGUAUGUCUAGCAUUAUCGCAUCAUACAUUUUUCCCUUUAAGACUUCAAUAAUAGAGAGUAAACUCGAAAUAAGAUUUAAAGUUAGAGGCAGGCUGAGUCUCAAAAAGACCUCAAGUAAUAACCUCAGAAAAAAAGAAUUUUGUGCUUUGUUGCAUGUGAGCUUCGGAAAAGAGCGAUAAUUUCAACUACAUAUGUAUAUUUUUAACUAUUAUAAUGCCGUCAGAAGUGUGGUUGCAAUAGUCAGAGCUAUGUCUGAUUAAACCACAUUUCUGGCUCACUCAACCAUUUAUAUCUUGGGCUGCCACAAAAAUUAAGCUGAAAAAUAGUUGGAUUUAUCUUACUUUCUCCCUUGAAUGAUAUCUGAAGUGUUGAGAAAGGGUCUUUUUCCCAUUCUACUUUGCUGAGGAAGAAUUCCGCCAGAACAUUUAAAGAUCUCCAGAUUCCCAUGAUUUAAAAAUUUAAUUUUGAGACAGUUGAUAUUUAUUCUUCCUUGAAAUUUUCGGAAUUCCACAAUUGAAUUGCAAAUAUAGUUCUCUGAAAAAUUCAAAGAAGAAAAUCCAAAUGUUUUCCAGAAUUUUUUUUGUUUUUUGUGGGCGGAUAUUUUUUUGCAUACAUACUUCAGAAUUUUUAUUCAAUACUUUCUCUUAGCACAGUAGUAUUGUUAAUUUUACUUGAGAUGCAAGUAUGUACUUAAUUAUUCAAUUCUUUUUCAGCUAAGAUCUCCGAUGGCUCCGUACUCAUUUUUUUACAUUCUCGAAACCCUAGCGAACAGAUGGUUUUUUAGGAUUUGUCUAAAUUUAAUAUUCACGCAUUCCUUUGAGUACAAGUUGCAAAACUCUGCUUUUCCUCGAUCUGCUUCAAGAUCAUUCUUCUCAUAACUUACUACCGCUCUCUAAAAACAGGUGGUAGAAUAGUCCUAAGUCCACACUAUUCUGCGGGGAAAUGGAGGCCAUAAAUUUAAACAAAUUUCAACUAGAGUCAAAAAUUUGAGCUAAAAUGAGCAUUAGUGCAAGACUGAGGGGGAAAAAGUUCAGCUCAGGCAGACGCUUGGAAUCUGCCCCCUUAAUCUUGCAUUGAUACUCAUUAGGGCUCAAAUCUUUUACUCUAAUUGAUUUUUUUAAAAUUUUAUAGCCUCCAUUUCCCCGCAGAAUAGUGUGGACCUAGGACUAUUCUACCAGCCUGUUUCUUAGAGAGCGCCACAUUUUUUGUGUUUUUUCUCUCUAAAAAUUAAAAAGAGAUCAUGAAAAUGCAUCGGCGGAUCCAGCAGACUGGCAACAUUGUUUUUUCUUCAUUUAAACCUAUGGAAUUGUAUCGAUUUUUGAAGGGGCCGGGUGCUCCGACAAGAAUCGAUUAUUCAACAUAGGUUUAAAUGGAAGAGAUCCUGUGUUGCCAUAUUGCUGGAUCCGCCCCUGUGAAAAUGACAAGGAACUGUUAGUGUUUCUCUUAUUAGUAGAAUUAAAAUGAAAAUACUCCUUCCCAUACUGCCUGUUACUCAUCAAUGAUGAGAGUAACAUCUAUCUUGAUUUGCAACAUUGCAGUUUUCGUGUCAUUUGCUAUUUUUAUUUAAGAGGGAAUCAUUGUUGUGAUAGUACAAAAUGGCAUGUUGUUUUCCCGUUUUCUCAUAAGAAAAUCCCUUGAAAAAUUACACUCAGUAACGUUGGAUGCAUUCCCUUGCAGAAAAUAGAAUGUAAAUUGAAAUGCUCAUACUCUUGUGAAUCAUUAGUAAUUUUCUCGAAUUUUACCGUCAACAUGUUGUAUCUCACAAUGCAUUUAUUUCAUUAUUUUUUACCAUAUUUAUUUAAAAUGAUCGCUAGAGUUUUUAUUACUUUUUUAAUUACCACUCUUUAAAAUAUUUUAUUUUCCCUGUCUUGCUUGUCUAUCCCACUAAUGUUAAGUAGGUACAUAUAUAUAUGAUGAAUGUUCUCUUUUCUGCAGAGCAAGUUCACGCCCUAUGUGUGUACAGUCCUGUAAAAAUGACCCAAAUGAGAUCGUAUGUUUCGUAAUUUUGUUUGUUUGUAAAUAAUGUGCAUCUCAAAUGUGUUUUGUCAUUUCAAAGCGUUUGAAUAAGGUUAUUUGAAAUUAUUAAUUGUAUAUAAGUGUAUCGAAGCUUCUCAAGACUUGAAAAGAAAUUAAGACAAAGUGCAAUUUUAUCGCUAGUAUUUAAACGAAAAAUAAUUGUUGGUAACCUAAUUGUUGUAAAAAAUUUCAAUUCGAAUGUCACAAAAAUAAAAAAUGUAAAUCAA